CCGGACACUAAAUGGAGCAAUUUUUUUCUUAGCGAUUGUUUUACAGCAUCACAGCGAUCCAAUCCAACGGUCCUGGUUUCUGGCGCAGAAAAAACCUUGCUAGAGAGACAGGAGAGGAUCCAAACUGAAUCAUCAUUCAUCAGAGUGAGGUAGGAAAAGAGAAUGGAAGUUGACUCUUUUGUUGAAUAGUUUUCACUUGGAAGGUUGGGUUGGGUCUCUAGUUUCCACCGUAACCUUAAACACUGCUGAAAAUUUCUAUGGGGAAGUUGACUCUUCCGUUUGUGGGAAUGAUUAUGGCAGAGUUUGCUCAGGUUGGGUUAAUCAUACUGAGCAAACAAGUCAUGGCACAAGGAAUGACCAAUUUCAUCUUCAUCUUCUAUUCCAACUCAAUCGGUGCUCUCCUCCUUCUUCCCAUUUCCUUACUUAUACACAGAUUUGAACGUCCUCCAAUCACCUUUUCCACCCUUUGUGGAUUCUUCUUACUUGCACUACUCGGUUAUUUGGCGCAGGCUUUUGGGUAUGCUGGGAUUUACUACGGCUCAGCUACACUCAGCACGUCCAUACUCAACCUCGUUCCUGGUUUUACUUUCAUACUUGCUGUUCUUUUUAGAAUGGAAAAAUUAGACUGGAGAAAAUUAAGUAGCCUUGCUAAAUUGUUAGGAACAAUAGUAUCAAUUGCUGGUGCAUUUAUUGUGACUUUGUACAAGGGCCCUGCACUUUUGAUGGGAGUGUCAUCCGCAAACUCAUCUCAGCAGCCACUUUUAUCAGAAGAUUCUAAUUGGAUACUCGCAGGUUUAUUUCUUGCGGCUGAUUGUGUAAUGGCUUCAGCAUAUAUUAUUGUACAGGCUUCUAUUCUUAAGAAAUAUCCAGCAGAGUUGAUUGUUGUAUUCUUUUAUUGUUUCUUUGUGGCCAUUCAAUCUGCUGUGACCUGUUUGGUUGUGGAAAGAGACAUCAGUGCUUGGAGCUUGGAACCUAAGCUAAGGUUGCUUGCAGUUUUAUACUCGGGAGUCUUUGGCUCUGCAUUUCAAGUUGGUAUUAUUUGUUGGUGUUUGCACCAGACAGGACCGGUUUUUGUUUCCAUGUUCAAGCCCUUAGGAAUACUCAUAUCAGUGGUUUUAGGUGUUCUCUUCCUCGGGGAUGCAUUCUAUCUUGGAAGUCUGAUAGGUGCUACCGUGAUUGUUGUUGGGUUUUAUUCUGUAUUAUGGGGGAAAGCCAAAGAUAUUGAAGAUGCUGGACUCAGCUUGGAGUCAAAGGGCAAACAGGCCCCACUUUUGGAGGAAAACAGCCAUGAAGACAUACAAGGGCAUUAGUUCAUUUUAAAAGGAUGCUACAAUAUUGUCAGCAAACAUGCAAUUUCAAUUGUUUCUCAGAAUAAAGGAGUCUUCUCUGACUCUCAGAAGUAUAUUAUUUCUCUCCGUUUGGAGUGUAUAGAUGACAUUGACCUUGUCAGUUGUAAGUUGUAACUGUAAGAAUUAUUUACUAUUUUAUGUUGUUUAGACUACAUGAAAUACUCUUAUUUAUAAAGAAUGAGGUUUACAAAA